GGAUGUGAAUGUUCCAGUACAGAAUCUUACACAACUCCUGAUUGGUUGGAAACUGAUGUCGUGGCGGGAUUCAGAAUAUGGCAAUUACUGUUUCUCAGCAUUGGAGGACUUAUUAUUCUAGUCAUACUAUUAUGCUGUGCCAUCAAAAUUCGAAUACCACGUACAAAGCAGGAAAUUGAGAUAGACUAUCAAAGAAAGCUGUUAACUCGCAGUUUUCGUGAACACCUGGACAGACUGGCCUUGGACGAAGUGAAUUUCGUUACAGCACUGGAGAAAGUGAAGGAAAUAUGCAAUGAAGAUGUUAUAUCUGAGUUGGAUUACAACACCAUCGUUGAUGCUCAAAAGGAGCUUCUGGAUGAAGAAAUCGAAACGGAAGAGGAAGAAAACGACCUGGAAUUUCAAAACCAACUGGUGAAAAGUAUCCAGUUCUACGAAGAAUUUCAUGAAACCGAAGAUAAGGAAAAGCUUACAGUUCCUGAAGUCUGAUACUCCGAAUGAGUCGAGUUUUAUGACCUCCUCGUAGUUAAGCGAUCUUUAUCUCGUUUUGAGUUUCUUCUAUGACGUCUUAAUUUAACCGAAUUAAGCUGCUUUUUAAUGUCUAAAUUAUGGUUGUUCUUCUCUUGUAAAUAACUUGAAUCGUUGGAUUUGUUGUAUUAUA